AUGCGGAUUUCAAUCCGAGAACAACUCGGGCUGCUGGUUCUUUUCUGUGCCCUAACCUCGCUGGCCGUGCUUGCACUAGCAGUGUGGUUUCAAAAUUAUUCUUUUAUCAAGGAUAUCCGCUUGUCGAGCCUCUCUUUGACCGCUUCGCUCAAGGCGGCUCAAUUGUCGAGUACCCUUCUGCUCUAUCAGACCCAAGUCCGUCUAGUCAGUACGCGUCUUCUGGUUCAAAGUGCUCUAGGUCGAUAUUAUGCCGGUAACACCACCAAUGAAAAUUGGGUCCGCUCGCAAUCCGAUCUCGAAGGCGCUUUAGCUGGUGGUUCUCUCUUGGUCCAAGCCGCCAUCUUUCCAAAUGUUAAUGGCAAUGCUACCGCGGUCGAUGGCUUGUUGAAUGUCACCGCUACCACCCUGAGCGGCCAAAUUAAACUCCCUUAUGCUGCGCCAAACGGCAGUGAUGUCUACUUGGGUGAUCCGGGCCUGGGUUAUCCGCCAACUCUCUUUCCAAACCUGACAUAUGGAGCCAUACCACCUGGCACCAAUGCUUCCACCGUUUCCUAUGAUGGCCAUGUCAUAGAUCCGAAUACCCCUCUUUUUCUCGGCCCAUUGAUCAUCAGUAAUGAAUUAUCGCUCCUUUCUGUCACCGUCGCCUUGAUCAAUAAUACUUCUGCUUCAGACGUUCUUGGUUGGCUUACCGUCGUCGUCAAUGCAUCCAUGAUCCUACAAAUACAAAACUCGGCCGAAGGCCUAGGCAACUCGGGUGAAACGCUCAUUAUUGGCCCAGCGACCGCGAACAACCUUUAUUCCGACGACAUCAGUGAUAUAACACAGGCUCAAGCAGGGGAUCAAGAAGUCAAAUUCGUCUUACCGCCGCACAGUAAUUCAACCGUCCAGGGCCGCCACCAGUCCCGGAGUUCCCUGGAAAACUCCACCAUUCCUUUCCGUGCUUCGUCGUAUCCUGCCGUUGUGGCUGCCUGGACCAAGGACAACAAAGCCGUUAAUAACGCUGGGGCAUAUAUCACCACCCACAAUGAAGAUGGUCAGAAGGUAUCUGUUGGGUACGCCACAGUAUCUUCUAGAGCUGUGAAUUGGGUACUAGUCAUCGAGCAGGCGCAUUCCGAGGUCGUCGCGCCCAUAUUACACUUGCGAGAUGUUGUCUUGAUUUGUGUGUUUUCAGUCACGGGCGCUUUACUGUUGAUCAUGCUCCCCAUGGCUCACUAUUCCAUCACCCCCAUACGCCAAUUAGCUGCCGCCACCGCCAAAACAGUGGAGCCUUAUCAGCCGGAUGAUAACAGUGAGUACUCGAGCUCGACGACCGGGCCGACCACAGAGGAGACCCAUAUCCAGCCGGAAAAUGAGAAACCAUCGAAAGGAGGCUUUUUAGCUGCAUUGCAAAAGUUUGCGCAUCCGAUGCAGGUCGUUCGAAGCCCAACUCCACGCCAAAAUCGAAGGAGAACCUUCAGAAUUCCGAGAAAGGUGCCGGAGCGCCAUCACUGGGUGACAGAUGAGUUGACUGAACUUACCAGAACCUUCAAUGAAAUGUCAGAUGAAUUGGCCAUGCAUUACGAACGGCUGGAAGAAAGAGUCAAGCAACGCACCGCUGAGCUCGAGAAGAGCAAAAAGGCGGCGGAGGCUGCCAAUCAAAGCAAAACGCUCUUCAUUGCUAACAUCUCACACGAAUUGAAGACUCCUCUAAAUGGUAUUCUCGGCCUGACCACAGUGUGUAUGACUGAAGAGGAUCCAAGCAAAAUAAGAUCUACCCUCAGCACCAUCUACAAGUCGGGUGAUCUCUUACUCCAUCUUCUUACUGACCUUCUCACUUUCAGUAAGAAUGAAGUUGGACAGCAAUUAUCGAUCGACGAGGCGGAAUUUCGGUUGAGUGACUUGAGCACGCAGCUAAUCCCCACCUUUGAAAAACAAGCCAGAGAAGGACAGAUUGACCUCAAAGUCUUGUUUCUGGGGCCCAACGAUGCUUUCGGCGAUGGAUCCGAAUACUCGGGAGAGAAGCUGUACGGUCCCGUCGGCACUGGGCGAGUUCGAGAUAUGUGCCUGUGGGGGGAUAAAAACCGCAUCCUGCAAGUGCUCAUGAAUUUUGUGAGCAACAGUCUGAAGUUCACACCUUCACAUGGCUCGGUAACGGUGCGUGUUCGCUGCACUGGUGUGAUAGAGACUUUUCCAAGCCGCGCGGGCAGUGCACGCAAGUCCUCCAUGAACUCACGGGCAUCCAAGUCUUCGAGCACGAAAAGGGUUCGAAUGUCCGAUGCCUCACUGGGACCUGGGGAGACCGCCGACCACGAAAAGUCUCAAGAAAGAUCUCAUGCAAGACCCCACGAUAGGUCGCAUGAACGAAACCACGCUCAUACUGUUACGAACUCUAACGAAGAUUCGAAGCUUAGUAUCAAUGUCGCGGGUGGAACCACUCAGAUCUCGAAAAUUGCGGAACGUCAGAGAUCCAUGUCGCCCCCACCAUUGAACACGAAAGACCUUGGCUUUGAGUUCGAGGUUGAAGACACAGGGCCUGGCAUCCCCCCGGAACAGCAACAGAUGAUUUUUGAGCCCUUUGUUCAAGGCGACCUAGGCUUGAGCAAAAAGUAUGGCGGUACUGGACUUGGUCUGAGCAUUUGUGCGCAGCUCGCUGCGCUUAUGGGUGGGGACAUCUCCCUGGAUAGCGCCGUCGGAGUGGGUAGCAAGUUUACGAUGCGACUACCGCUUCGUUACAUCUCGGAAAGAAGCGCAUCUCUUGCCUCGUCAACGCACUUGUCACAUUCCAAAGCGAGCAGUUUGGUGGGACAAACCCUCCAUGAUUCUAAUGACCCUCCGCAGCAUACGCAAAGUGACUCGACGCAACUGGAUGAUGGAGAUGGAUCAUCCAAGCUUGCUGAUGUUCCCCGAAUCGUUGGCUUCACUCAGCCCUACGUAGCGAAAGAAUCUCAACGCUCGGCAGACACCAAACUAGAUCAGAUGAAGAAGGUGGAAAGUGAAGCGGCUCAAAAAGGCCGGAAAGUGCGAGUACUCGUGGCGGAAGAUAACAAAGUCAAUCAAGAAGUGGUCCUUCGAAUGUUGCGUCUUGAGGACGUUUACGACGUGACUAUUGCCAAGGACGGACAGGAAGCUUUUGAUAAAGUACGGGAGUCGAUGUCCAACGAAAACCGCUUCGACUUGAUCUUCAUGGAUGUCCAAAUGCCCAACGUUGAUGGGAUCCAGUCCACCAAGCUCAUUCGAGAAAUGGGCUUCUCUGCGCCUAUUGUGGCGCUUACUGCUUUCGCAGAAAAGUCGAAUGAGGAUGAAUGUAUGGCCUCUGGAAUGGACUACUUCCUGGCCAAACCAAUCCGGAGACCUGCCCUCAAACAAGUGCUCAAGAAGUAUUGUGCCACCAUUCCGGAGGAGGAGUAUGAGGGCAGCUCAGGAAGCAUCCCGCAGCUUAACGAUGAUACACCAUCACCAUCACCACAGAUGAACGGUCAUGCCGUUUCUGGAGCACCUUCUAAAGUGGUGUCAAACCUGGAUCAGAAGGCCUCGCAUGUAGACAUUGUGGAUUCGGAAAAUGUUUCACCCUUGUCUUAA